AGAAUUUGUCUAGCAGGUUUUCCGGUUUGUACCGGAAAGCCCCACCAAGUGGUUGUGCUGAAUAAUAGAACAGUCUUCUACGCGGUAGAAGCUCACUCGGGCUUAGCGACUUUCCCAAGUGUUGUCUAGUUGGGUUCUCCGUGGGCGGGCGGGCCGGUUACGGGGUUGUUGCUGCGCGGAGAAGCUUCCGGCUACGGCUGAUGCAGCUUCCCUUCCGCCGGCAUUGGUGUUAGCAGUCAUUGUAGACGGCCGACCGGUGUUCCUAGGCCUUUCCCUUAGUUCCGUUGCACGUGCGUCUUCUGUCGCCUUAUGGCGUCUGCCUCCGCCCAGCCCGCGGCCCUAAGUGCGGAACAAGCUAAGGUGGUCCUGGCAGAGGUGAUCCAGGCGUUCUCGGCCCCGGAGAACGCCGUGCGCAUGGACGAGGCUCGGGACAACGCGUGCAACGACAUGGGCAAAAUGCUGCAAUUCGUGCUGCCCGUGGCCACGCAGAUCCAGCAGGAGGUUAUCAAAGCCUAUGGCUUCAGCUGCGACGGGGAAGGAGUCCUUAAGUUUGCCCGCUUGGUCAAGUCCUACGAGGCCCAGGACCCCGAGAUUGCCAGCCUGUCGGGCAAGCUGAAGGCUCUGUUCCUGCCGCCCAUGACACUGCCGCCCCACGGCCCUGCUGCGGGUGGCAGCGUGGCCGCCUCCUGAGACCUGAGACGGGGUCCUCCCUGGGCCACUGCUGGCCAGGGGAGACCUUGGGUCCCAUUGGACAAUAAACGUGCUUGUGACUCGGC